AUGAGUGAGACAAAGGAAGGGGAGAAAGAAGAAGAAGAAGAAGAAGAAGAAGAAGAAGAAGAAGGAGGAGGAGGAGGAGGAGGAGGAGGAGGAGGAGGAAUGAAGUAUCAUUACCGUAACGACAGAUUUCUUGGAGAUAUUCCACAUAGGCGAGGAGGAUGCCUGGGACUAAGGAGCACAGAAGAACUCAAGGAUUCAACGCGAGUAUCAGCGUCUUACGUAUUAGGAAAAGCCCUAUCUAGCUGUGUUUAG